GUGUCGGAAGUCACAAUGAAUGUAUGGAAAAUAGUUGGUGGUAUUUUUGGGGGAUUGGUGAUAUUAGCCAUUGGACUACUCAUUGGACACUUUGGCAUCUCAAAGAACUCCACAACACCAUUGGCUACAGACCAAACUAAAGAUGUCGAUGAACAGUUCAUUCAGGAGUUUAUGAAAGAAGUAGAUGCCAGUAGCAUCAGGGAAAAUCUCAGGAAACUUAGUCAACAUCCUCAUAUGGCCACAACUAAGGGGGAUGAAGAUACUGUGAAGUUGGUCCUCAAUCAAUGGAAAGACCCAAAAAUUGGGCUUGAUGAUGCUAAGGAGGAAAGAUAUGAUGUCUACCUAUCCUUCCCUAGAGCAGACACUCCCAACAAUGUUCAAGUAGUAUCAGCAAAUGGGGAAAUGCGAUUUACAUCUCGACUCACUGAAAGUUUCCUAACUGAUGACCAGAAGGACCCGGAAGUGGUAAAGCCAUAUGCUGCAUAUGCUCCCAGUGGAAAUCCAAAGGGUAAGCUGGUGUACGCCAACCAAGGUAAACUGAGUGACUUUGAAACUCUCAAUAAAACCAUUGAUCUAACUGGGACCAUUGCUAUUGUGCGCUAUGGAGGAGCUGGCAGAUCUGCUAAGGCAAUAAAUGCUGCCAAAUUUGGAGUGAUUGGCCUCAUUGUGUAUACAGACCCCAAAGAUAUCAAUGAUGGUAAUGCUGGUGAGUCACAGACAUAUCCAAAUUCGUGGUACAUGCCCCCAUCUGGGGUAGAGCGAGGAAGCUAUACUGAAGACUUUGGAGAUCUACGCACUCCAUAUUAUCCUGCUAAAAGUUUUACCUACAGAAUAGAUGAGAGUGACAUUAAAGGACUUCCCCCAAUCCCAACUCAACCAAUAGGAUUUGAGGAUGCAGAGACACUUAUAUGUGAACUGGAUGGUCCAGAAGCUGAUGUUUCCUGGCAAGGUAGUUUGGCAUGCAAAUACAACAUAGGGCCUGGUUUUCGUGCAAAUGGACGUUUUAGUGGCAGUGACGUCCAAGUCAGUGUAUAUAAUUAUGCAGAAAUUAAGUCUUCAGCAAAUGUGAUGGGCAUUAUAAGAGGAAGCGUGGAGCCUGAUAGGUAUAUAAUAUACGGCAAUCACAGAGACAGCUGGGUCCAUGGAGCGAUAGACCCCAGCAGCGGUACCGCAGUCAUGCUGGAAAUUACAAAGGUUCUUGGGCGCAAGGUCAAAGAAGGCAAAUGGCGUCCACGACGAACUAUAAUUUUUGGAAGCUGGGGAGCAGAAGAAUUUGGUUUAAUUGGAUCUACAGAAUUUGCAGAGGACUACUAUAGUAAACUAAGAGACAGAACUGCAGCAUAUAUCAAUGUGGACAUUUCGGUGUUUGCAAAUGCAACACUAAGAGCUCAAGGGACACCAGUUGUUCAGAAUGUUAUUUUCACUGCUGCAAAACAGGUAAAAACACCUGUCAGUGCUUCCCUUAGUGUCUAUGAUAACUGGAUCCGUUACUUCAAUCGAACCAGUUCACUCUAUGGAGGAUUAGUACCUCAGUUGGGUACACUUGGUGCAGGCAGUGACUAUGCUCCAUUCCUUCAUUAUUUGGGCAUUAGUUGCAUGGAUCUUGCGUACACCUAUGACAGGAGCAAGUCAUCGGCCCGUAUCUAUCCAGCUUAUCACACUGCUUUUGACACCUUUGACUAUACAGAUCGACAUAUUGAUCCAGGAUUUACCAGUCAUCAGACAGUGGCACGCACAGCGGGUAAUGUUCUGUUGCGACUUGCAGACAGUCUCAUCCUUCCACUUGGGCCACGAGAUUACACAGAAACACUGGAAAACUACUACAAUACUGCUGAAAGGGAGUUUUCUGCCCAGCUUACAGCCAAAGGCAUAUCUCUAGUGCCACUGAAGGAUGCAAUUACAAGAUACAAGACAUUUUCUGAGGAGCUCAGCAAGACAAUUUCAGAGCUAAAAAGUACAGAGACGCCACUAAGAGUUCGUAUGAUCAAUGACCAACUAAUGCUGGUGGAGCGGGCCUUCAUCAAUCACUUUGCCUUCCCGAAUAAACUUUAUUACAGCCAUGUGAUCUGGGCAUCCCGGAGUUCCAGUGUUGCCACCUUCCCAGGCAUUGCAGAUGCCUACGCCAGAGCAAUUUCCACCGGGUUGAAAGAAGACUGGGACCAAGUCCACCAUCAUAUCACUGUGGUUGUGACAGCUGUGGACAACGCUGCAUCAACUCUGCAAACUGCUGCAUCUAUUUAAAAAUAAGGCUAAAAUUAAAACCAUCUUU